CAUCCUACUUAAGCUAGGUAUAUUCACAAACGCUACAUAGGUAGAUACAAAAGUAUAUGCAUAUACAUGGAUAGGACAGCUUGUCUUACAGCUCCAAAACCCGACUACACACCACUACCUAGGUAGGUAGGUACCGUACCUACUUACAGAACAAUGGAAUGGUUCCGCGUGGGGCCUACCUACCCGCCCACUAAGUAGAGUAAGUAGUGAGUACCCAGUCUGCACACCCAGGUCGGUACCUACCUAGAUAUGAACCGAUAACACCGAUAACACGUCGGGCCCCACCAUCUCCAAUUUAUUUUCUUUUACUUACUGUAAUGCAAGACAUCUGUUUGGCCAACUUUGCGAAUAAGAGACUCGAGACUCGUUGCCUCGGCCACUCCAACACCUGGACAAGUGUCCCCUAAGCCCACAGUGGUCCAGAGAAGGACAUCCCCAAGAGGCCUGUUGUCACCAUGGCCGCCGUCGCUGAAAAAGCCCGCUUCUAUCUCGAACAAGCCGUCCCCCAGCUCCGCGAGUUCGAAGCCAAGGGCAUCUUCAACCCGGACGAGAUACGCUCCCUCGUUCGCAAGCGCACCGACUACGAGCACAUAGUCCUGUCCCCCGGGAACAAGGCUCAAGAUUGGCUCAACUAUGUCGCAUGGGAACGAUCCCUCGAAGCCCUCCGCACCAAACGAUGUCGCCGCCUAGAGAUUCGCGCCUCGUCCAAGCAUGUCGGAGAGGGCAGGGUCUUCGGCAUCCUCGAGCGCGCCGUGAGCAGACACCCGGGCAGUCUGGAGCUGUGGAAGGAGUACUUGGGCUAUGCGACCAAGAUGAGGGCAACGAAGCGAUACCGCAAGGUCAUGACGAGAGCCCUGAGAAUGCACCCUGCUAAGUCGGAGCUCUGGGUGCUCGCUGGCCAGAGGGCCGCAAGUCACGGGGAUAUGCACGCCGCCAGGGGCUUCUUCAUGCGCGGUUCCCGCUUCUGCACCAGGUAUCCCACCGUGUGGCUCGCCUAUGCCAAGUGCGAGAUGGAAUGGCUGGCGAAGAUGGAGGCUCGCAAGGGCAAGAAGGGAGGCGCUGAGAAGGCCAUCGCUGAGCAGGCCGAACACGACGAUGACGAGAUCAAGCUGGGCUCCGACGACAGCGACGACGAUGUCGACGAGAAUGGCCGGUUGAUCAUGCCCAAUCCGGACGCUGCUGCUGCGAAGAACGUGUUUGAUGCCGAGACUACGUCGAAGCUAAAGAAUAACCCGGCAUUGGAUGGGGCGAUACCAUUAGCCAUUUACGACGUCGCCAAGAAACAGGCUUUCUUCAAUGCCGCCGUAGGAGAACAAUUCUUCGAUGUCUUUGCGCUAUUUACGGAGAUAUCUGUACAGCCACGAAUCAUACAACAUGUUCUCGACAGCAUGAACGAGCUCUAUCCGAACGAUGCCGCCACCUCUUAUUGUUACAUUCGACACCCGUUGAUUAGCCUCAAGACCGAUGAUCCUGCUUAUCCUAAGGCAGUAAGGGAAACCCUCAAUCGCGUCAAAUCGACUCUUCCCAGAACCACAAACCCUAAAGCCUUGUCUUCAAAACUGAAGUCAUGGCUUGAGGCUUUAGUGUCGUCUCAAGACUUAGACGUUGGUAUUCGUACAGUACUGACACUCACUAUUAAAACAUUACCGCCAUCAUGAUUCAGAGGGUAUCCCGCGAG